UGUCUGGUCCCAAAUGAGGUUAUAUAUUUGUUUUGAAAUGCUUUAACCUCUAAUAUGUUCUAUAUCACCUUAGAGAAUCAACUGUAUCAUCAAGAAACCUGCCUCUGGUAAGCGCUGAAAUACAACGAUCUCAUGCUGGUUUUAAGAAAAUCUUCACGUCUGGUCAGAGCAGCUCCACAAAGCCUUAACAGGCCGCUGUCUCAAUUUACCCCAAAUAAACGUUACAAUGUUAUUGUUGUGGGAGGAGGACAUGCUGGAGCGGAGGCCUGUGCGGCUGCAGCGCGAAUGGGCUCGCAAACCCUGUUAAUCACACAUAAAAAAAAUACUGUGGGAGAAAUGUCUUGUAAUCCAUCCUUUGGAGGAAUAGGAAAGGGGCAUUUAAUGCGUGAAGUUGAUGCUUUGGAUGGAGUUUGUGGUAGAAUUUGCGAUCAGUCCGGCAUUCAGUACAAAAUUCUCAACAGAAGGAAAGGCCCAGCAGUAUGGGGAUACAGAGCACAAAUCGAUCGUGAAUUAUACAAAAAACACAUCCAAGAUGAACUGUUUGAAAAAACUAAGAAUUUGGACAUUCUGUUUUCUCCAGUUGAGGACUUAAUCAUAGAAAACAGCUAUACUGAUGCGAAUAAUCAAACCAUUGUGGACUGUAAAGGAAUUCUAUUGAAUGACGGUACAAGAAUACAGUCUGACUGCGUUGUAAUAACCACUGGAACCUUUUUAAAUGGCAGGAUUAACAUAGGGCUGAAAGUAUUUCCAGCUGGUCGAAUAGGCGAUGAGCCGGCCAUAGGUCUUUCAAAUACCUUAAAGCAAUUAAACUUGAAAAUGGGGCGUCUAAAAACAGGCACGCCACCAAGAUUAAACGCCAAAACUAUUGAUUACGAUCGGUGUAUCCCCCAUAAAGGGGACAAUCCUCCACUUCCAUUUUCCUUCAUGAACAGCUCUGUGUGGAUCGAUCCCAACGAUCAGGUGCUUUGCUAUUUGACAAACACCAACUCGAAAAUCGAAGACAUAGUAAAGAAUAACAUUCACCUGAACAGGCAUGUUUUUGAGGAAGUAACCGGCCCCAGAUAUUGCCCCAGUAUUGAGUCGAAAGUGCUGAAAUUUGGGGGAAGAGAACAUCAGCUGUGGUUAGAACCUGAAGGCCUUAAUAGCAAUGUGAUAUACCCGAACGGAUUGUCGUGUACGCUACCAGAAGACCUCCAAGAGCAGCUUGUGCAUGCAAUUCCCGCUUUGGAAAAAGUGGAAAUUCUCCGACCAGGAUAUGGGGUCGAAUACGACUUUGUCGAUCCCCGAGAACUCAGUCCUUCUUUGGAAGUUAAAAAAGUUAAGGGGCUGUUUUUGGCGGGUCAGAUUAACGGCACUACUGGUUAUGAAGAAGCGGCCGCCCAAGGAAUUCUAGCCGGAAUUAAUGCCGCAGCCAAAGCUCUAAAAACCCCACCGCUAAUAAUCAGCAGGACUGAAGGCUACAUUGGAGUUAUGGUGGACGAUCUUACUACAAUGGGCACCACUGAACCCUAUAGAAUGUUCACUAGCCGUGCUGAAUUCAGAUUAACAUUGAGGCCUGACAACGCAGAUCAACGGUUGACUGCUAAAGGAUAUGCAGUCGGAUGUGUGUCCAAAGAACGGUAUCAGAACAUGGUAAAUGUUCAGAGAAAGUUAAAGGAUGGAAUCGCUUUAUUGAAAAGCACGUUUAACGUCUCCAACCAGUGGAGGAGGCUUAUGGGGGCCGUCAUUGUUAAAAACAACACCAAAAGAAGUGCUUGGGAAAUGCUAGAUAUUAAUAACGAUAUCACAAUCAAUUUAAUGGCCACAGCUGAACCUGCUUUGUUGCCUUUGACUUACGAUCAGGCUCUAACGACGCGACUUCAAAUUGAGGCGACAUACGAACGAGCGGCUGCUGAGCAAUAUGAAGAAGUCAAUGAGGUGAGAGCAAAUGAAGCUCUGAUGCUGCCCGAGGAUCUAAAUUACAACUCCGAGUCCUUGAGCUUGAGUAUGGAGGAAAGAGAAAAACUUUUGGCAGUCCAACCACAAACCAUUGCUGCAGCUAGCCGUAUACCUGGAGUGACACCAUCUUCUAUUCUCAGGUUAUUAAGAUAUGUGAAAUACCAAAACCAUACCGCAUCCGGCCUAUCAGCAUAAAUAUAUCAACGUUUUGAAAA